CGCUGGGCCUCAGCUGCUUCCUCCCUGGAGUUGUAGACCUUGAAGGCCAGUUUGACUAAAUCCUGGAUGGGAUUUUGAUGGCCGGCUGUCCUCCACCUUUUUAAACUUUUUCCAGAUAUCCGGAGCCAGCUGAGAAAUAAAGUACGUAGCCAAGAGAGUUCCUCCUGCUAGGGAGGCAGGGUCAAGGCGGAUGUACUGAAUGAGUGCCUCAGUCAGUUGGUUAAGAAAAACAGCUGGAUUCUCAUCUGAGCCUUAGACUGCCUCCUUUAAUUUAUCAAAGUUGACCGACUUAUUGGAGGCUGCCUGCAUGCCAGCAAGAAGGCACUGGACCAUCAUGUCUUGGCGGCGGUGGCCUGCCUGCCCAACCUGGUACUCCCAGCUGGGCUUGGCCAAGGGCACCGCCUCGGUGCCGACUGGCAUGGCGGGGUCAGUUAAAUGAACCUGGUCAGUGUGCUGCCUGGCUGCCGCUAGGAUACGUUCCCGUUCCUCAGGGGACAGGGUUGAGGUCAUAAUGACAUGCAGAUCGUGCCAGGUGAGGUCAUACGCCUGGCAUAGGUAUCUGAACUCUUUGAUAUACAGAGUCGGGUUGGCCAAGAGCCUACAUGCUCUUCAAUCUUAGGUCUGCCAGCAAAAACAGCACAUGGACCCGGACCACUCCUUUGGCGCCUGCCACUUCCUGCAAGGGGCACAGGAGGAACUGACUUAGCACAAGAAGACAGCCACCAUUGUGAAAUGGUGAAGACUAAAACAAAGUGUUGCCACGCGGUUGCAGAUCAUGUUCCCAAGGACAUGAAAUGAGAUGGAGGCUGUAACCAAGCUUGCUACGGGCUGGCUUGAACAGCAGGCUUAUGGAGUCCUGGGCCUGCAUCCUAACCUAAGAAAUACACUUUCGGGAAAUGGCCUCUAAAUCCUGGCUGAAUUUUUUAACCUUCCUCUGUGGAUCAGCAAUAGGAUUUCUUUUAUGUUCCCAGCUAUUUAGUAUUUUGUUGGGAGAACAGGGUGACAUCCAGCCUAAUGUUCUUCAUAAUGAUCCUCAUGCGAGGCAUUCAGAUGAUAAUGGACAGAAUCAUCUAGAAGGAGAAAUGAACUUCAAUGCAGAUUCUAGCCAACAUAAAGAUGAGAACACAGACAUCGCUGAAAACCUCUAUCAGAAAGUUAAAAUUCUUUGCUGGGUUAUGACCGGCCCUCAAAACCUAGAGAAAAAGGCCAAACAUGUCAAAGCUACAUGGGCCCAGCGUUGUAACAAAGUGUUGUUUAUGAGUUCAGAAGAAAAUAAAGACUUCCCUGCUGUGGGAUUGAAAACCAAAGAAGGCAGAGAUCAACUAUACUGGAAAACAAUUAAAGCUUUUCAGUAUGUUCAUGAACAUUAUUUAGAAGAUGCUGAUUGGUUUUUGAAAGCAGAUGAUGACACAUAUGUCAUACUAGACAAUUUGAGGUGGCUUCUUUCGAAAUACGACCCUGAAGAACCCAUUUACUUUGGGAGAAGAUUUAAGCCCUAUGUAAAACAGGGCUACAUGAGUGGAGGAGCAGGAUAUGUACUAAGCAAAGAAGCCUUGAAAAGAUUUGUUGAUGCAUUUAAAACAGACAAGUGUACACAUAGUUCCUCCAUUGAAGACUUAGCACUGGGGAGAUGCAUGGAAAUUAUAAAUGUAGAAGCAGGAGAUUCCAGAGAUACCACUGGAAAAGAAACUUUUCAUCCCUUUGUGCCAGAACACCAUUUAAUUAAAGGUUAUCUACCUAGAACCUUUUGGUACUGGAAUUACAACUAUUAUCCUCCUGUAGAGGGUCCUGGUUGCUGUUCUGAUCUUGCAGUUUCUUUUCACUAUGUUGAUUCUACAACUAUGUAUGAGUUAGAAUACCUCGUUUAUCAUCUUCGUCCAUAUGGUUAUUUAUACAGAUAUCAACCUACCUUACCUGAAGAUAUACUAAAGGAAAUUAGUCAAGCAAACAAAAAGGAAGAUACAAAAGUGAAGUUAGGAAACCCUUGAAAGAAAAUCAUGAGUGAACAAAGGUAAAAUGUCUAGCAUUGCACUGAAAAAGGACUUCUGCAUUUCUGACAUAGAACACUGGAAUCCCAGUGAGGAAUUCUAAGUGAACAUUCCUUAUAGAAACCUUUCACAUGAAUGACUAUAAACUGAAGCUUUAAAUGAGCUGUGAAGUCUGUUAAAAUGUGUUUUGAUACAGUAAUAUAUAAAUAUAUCUAUAUAUAUGAAGAACUUGUGUUUUUAAAAUGGUGGCCAGGUAGAGGAAUUAGAAAAGAGAUUUUGUUGCCUGUUUUCUGACCAUCUGUAUUAUUGUCACUGAGAAACUGAAAUAAUUAAAUUUACUAAAACUACACUGCACCAUGUUAGUAAUAAACAGAUCUGCCUUAAAGAAAAUUUUAGAAAGAAAUAUUGUUGCUCAGUGUUGUUAAUACAGCUCAAGAAUUGAGUUUAUAUUUGCAGUAUGAUAUAAAUGAUCCACACACACACACACACACACAGAGUUUUUGUCUAAUGAAAAUGUUGCUGUGAUUAUUUAUAAUUGGUAGUAUUUCUUCCAGAAGAAGCUAAAAUAAAACUGGCACUUACCCUGAAGUGCAUUAAUAAAACCACACUUUAAAAUUAUCAUGGGCCUUGACUAUAUUAUAUACUUGAUUCUAAUUGGUAAUCUUUUACGGAAUCUCUGUUGUCUCUCUUCUAAAUAUGUUUAGCCACUCUUGAAUACCAUUCUCCACUAUUAAUUUACUCAAACCAUUCAUAGCAUUUGUAAACAUGUAUUUUACAAUAUUUGUUCCCAAAUUUACCCAUUGUUAAUUAUGAGUAACUAAUAAAUUUAAUGCUAUUUGAGGAUGCUUUUCUCA